AUGGGUGAUUAUCCUAAAGCACUUUCUUAUUAUGAAAAAGCUCUUGCAAUCACACAACAGUCACUUCCACCCAAUCAUCCUAGUUUGGGUAGUACUUACAACAAUAUCGGUAUGGCAUAUAAGAACAUGGGUGAUUAUCCGAAAGCACUUUCGUCUCAUGAAAAAGCCCUAGAAAUUCAGCAAAAAUCACUUCCUCCCAAUCAUCCUGAGUUGGGUACUUCCUAUGACAAUAUAGGUAUGGUGUAUUAUAGCAUGGAUGAUUAUACAAAAGCACUUUCUUAUUUUGAAAAAGCUCAUGCAAUUCGACAACAAUCACUUCCUUCCAAUCAUCCUGAAGUUGGUGUUUCUUAUAAUAGCCUAGGUAUGGUAUAUGACAGCAUGGGCCACUAUCCAAAAGCACUUUCUUAUUAUGAAAAAGCCCUCGAAAUUCAACGAAAAUCACUUCCAUCCAAUCAUCCUGAUUUUGGUGCUUCCUAUAAUAACCUUGGUAUGGUGUAUGAUAGCAUGGGUGACUACCCAGAAGCACUUUCUUAUUAUGAAAAAGCUCUUACAAUUAAACAACAAUCACUUCCAUCCAAUCAUCCUAGUUUGGGCAAUACUUAUAAUAACCUCGGUAUGGUAUAUGAGAACAUGGGUAACUAUUCAAAAGCUCAUUCCUGUUAUAAAUGUGCUUUAGAAAUUGUAGAACAAUCAUUGCCAACAAAUCCUCUCAAGUUUCAGACAUUUGGAGAAAACCUUGAACGCGUAAAACAGAAAUUAUAA